CACGCAAUGGCUUGACAAGACGGAUUCUUCUGGAGAAGCAGAUGAAGAUGAAUUAAUGACUGUUCGAUUGUCGCUAUAACUCUCCGCGCGUCUUGCGGGCGAAUUGCUGCAAUGCUGUCUUUCCAGGUGUGUGUAUGUGUGCGCGCGCGUGUGUGCAUGGCGUUAUUUCUCUUCCGAAUUGGACCGAGCCGGGAAACGCGAGUCUGAUGUCACAUGUGCUUCAUCGGAGGAGACGGAGCAUCUGCAAGCUGGAUUUUGUGGAGGAUGCUGCGGCAAGUGAUACACAGAGGGCUCAAGGCUUCCUUCUACUGGUUAGGCUUAUUUGUUAGCAGACACCCCGUUUUCUUUCUCACCGUGCCCGCGGUUCUCACCAUCAUUUUCGGAUCUACGGUACUGAGCCGAUUCAAGCCAGAGACGGACCUUGAGCUGCUGGUGGCACCGACGCACAGCCUGGCAAAGAUUGAGCGAAGUCUGGCCAACAGCCUCUUUCACAUCGACCAGUCUAAGCACAAGCUGUACUCGGAUUUACACACCCCGGGUAGAUAUGGUAGGCUGAUACUGCUGGCCAAGUCCGGGGGGAACAUCUUGGAGGUGGCCGAUCAGGUGUUGCAAGUUCACAAGCAAGUGUUGGAUUUGCGAGUCAAUUACAAAGGAUUCAACUACACAUUCGCGCACCUCUGCGUGCUGAGCCACAGAGACAAGAGCUGCAUGCUGGAUGAUAUCAUCACCAUCUUCGAAGAUAUCAGACAGGCGGUGCUUUCCAACAGCACUUUCCACAAGGUGCCCGUCAGCUACCCCAACACGACGUUAAAGGAUGGUCGAGUGUCCUUCAUCGGUCAUCAACUGGGAGGCGUGUCCUUCUCACCCAACAGCCGGGACCAACAAGUCAAGUUCGCCAGUGCUGUCCAAAUUACCUACUACCUCCGCAACAAUGGACCUGUGGUGCAGGAUGCCAUUGCCGAGCGCUGGGAGAAUGAGUUCUGCAACCUGGUCACUCGGCUGUCAACUGCCGAAGCUCCUCACGGACCAGACCAGCUCCACAUCCACUCCCUCACCUCCUUCAGCUUGUGGCGAGACUUCCAUCAGACGGGUGUGCUAGCCAAAGGGGAAGUGUUGGUUAGCCUGGUGCUGGUGCUCCUGGCUGCCACCAUAUCCAGCUCCAUGCGGGACUGUUUGAGGGGGAAACCCUUCCUAGGCCUCCUGGGGGUGUUGACCAUCUGUAUUGCCAACGUGACAGCCGCAGGGAUCUUUUUCAUAUCAGAUGGCAAAUUCAAUUCGACACUGCUCGGGAUUCCAUUCUUUGCUAUGGGUCAUGGAACCAAAGGAGUAUUCGAACUUCUGGCAGGCUGGAGGAGAACAAGGGAAAACCUGCCUUUCAAGGAACGCGUGGCUGAUGCUUUUGCCGACGUGAUGGUGUGCUACACCAUGACCAGCUCGCUCUACAUCAUCACAUUCGGCAUGGGAGCGAGCCCUUUCACCAAUAUUGAAUCAGUGAAGAUUUUCUGCCAGAGCAUGUGUGUAGCCAUCUUGGUCAACUACUUCUACGUUUUCUCAUUCUACGGCUCCUGCUUGGUGUUUGCUGGACAACUGGAGCAGAACCGCUACCACAGUGUUUUCUGUUGUAAAAUUCCUUCAGUGGAGUAUCUGGACCGCCAACCCACUUGGUUUAAAACCAUGAUGAGUGAUGGCCACGACCUCUCGACGCACCAUGACAGUGUCCCUUACCAGAAUCACUUUAUCCAGCAUUUUCUUCGCGAACACUACACAGAGUGGAUAACCAACACCUAUGUCAAACCCUUUGUGGUUAUUCUCUAUCUCAUCUACGCUUCGUUUUCAUUCAUGGGAUGUUUACAAAUCAGCGACGGUUCCAAUAUUGUAAACCUUCUGGCGAGUAACUCUCCGAGUGUUUCAUAUGCGCUGACUCAGCAGAGAUAUUUCAGCAACUACAGUCCUGUGAUUGGCUUUUACAUUUAUGAGCCCAUUGAGUAUUGGAACUCCACAGUGCAGGAGCAUUUGAAGACACUCAGUCACGGCUUCAACAAGAUCUCUUGGAUUGACAACUUUUUCCACUAUCUACGUGUGGUGAACGUGAGCGCAUCAACCAAGAGCGACUUUGUCAAUAUUCUCAAAAGCUCGUUCCUGCGGAGCCCCGAGUACCAGCAUUUCACAGAGGACAUCAUAUUCUCCAAAAACCGUGACACAAAAGAGUACGAUAUCAUCGCCUCGCGCAUGUAUUUAGUGGCACGGACCACGGAAAAGAAGCGUGAGGAGGUGGUGGAGCUUCUAGAGAAGCUUCGCCCUCUAAUGUUGAUAGACGGUAUCAAAUUCAUUGCCUUUAAUCCAACAUUUGUGUUCAUGGACCGCUACAGUUCCUCUGUCAUCUCUCCAAUCCUAACCUCAGGCUUUAGUGUACUCACCAUCCUUAUCCUUACCUUCUUCCUUGUCAUUAACCCCUUAGGGAACUUCUGGCUCAUCCUCACCGUUACGUCAGUGGAGUUGGGCGUCUUAGGUUUGAUGACUCUUUGGAGUGUCGGUAUGGACAGCAUCUCAAUCCUGUGCCUUAUUUAUACCCUGAACUUCGCCAUGGAUCACUGUGCACCACACUUAUACACGUUUGUGUUGGCCAGCGAGCACACGAGGACACAGUGCAUCAAGUUGGCACUGGAGGAGCACGGUGCGGCCAUCUUGCAGAACACAUCCUGCUUUGUGAUUGGGAUCAUACCUUUAGUGUUUGUGCCUUCCAAUCUGACCUACACACUGUUCAAGUGCUCGCUCCUCACGGCCGGCUGUACCGUGCUUCACUGCUUCGUCAUCCUGCCCGUCUUCCUCACCUUCUUCCCGCCAUCCAAAAAGAGACACAAGAAAAAAAAACGGGCCAAGCGGAAAGAAAGGGAACGCGAAAGGGAACGUGAAAGGGAGGAGAUCGAGUGUAUUGACGUUAGAGAGAAUCCUGAUCACGUGACAAAUGUCUGAGUAGUUUUUUUUCGCAGUGAAUAUUAGUUGAAUUGCGUAAUUAGAUAACUCCUAAGAUACAGGCAAGUGAAGAUAGCUGUGCCGAGCACAGCUUCCUCCAGGCCAAUAGCAGCUAAGCAGCUAGUUGAACGCACUCCCAUUCCUGACAGUGUCUUUCAUUGGGUAUCAACCAACAGCAUACUUAUAGUUCUCCUACUCGGUACAAUAUAUGUGAAACUAGGUUACCAGAUCAAAUUAUGAAUAUAUAGUUGAUUGCUCUCUUGAAAUAUUUGUAAGUCAGACUUUAUCUUUAGCAGCCCUUAUCGAUAAGUGCGAAGCAGUCUGUGAAGCCAAGAAAGCGUAAACAGGCUAGUGGAAAUGUAACCAUUAGAAACUACCAAUAAAUCAGGGGUGGUUUGUCAAUUUGAGCAAGUGUGUUUCAUAGAUAGUGAAAAUGAUUUGUUUGUGCCUGUCACCUGAUGACUUGCCUGUGUUGCAUCAACUGAAAAGUCUACAGUGGCCUCCAUAUGCUAAUAACGCAAAGCUUCAUGAAUUACGCUAAUGCUAGCUAGAUUUUACGUGAAAACCAAAUCUUUUUCACAUUUUUCCACAACAAUUUGUUAGGUGUGCUCACAUAAAAGAAAAAUAACAUGGAUUACGUUUUUCUUCUUUAGGCAGAAUUUGGUUUUACAGCAGAACACUGCAAAAUUAGACUUCAAAUCGAGGAAUUGAUAAGUAGAAUCGUCACGCAAGUAAACAACUACCGUACUUUCCGGACUAUAAGGCGCACCGGACUAUAAGGCGCACCUUCAAUGAAUGGCCCAUUUUAAAACUUUGU